AUGUCGUUCCAGCCCAAGAAGAGCAGCGCGAGACCCGCGGGCGACCGUCUGAUCAUCAAAGGAGGAAAGAUCGUCAAUGAUGACCAGUCGUUCUACGCCGACAUCUAUGUGGAGGACGGGACCAUCAAACAGAUCGGUGAGAACCUGAUCGUCCCGUCCGGCGUGAAGACAGUGGACGCUUACGGGCAGUUGGUGAUCCCCGGAGGAGUCGACGCCAACACCAACCUGCAGGCUGCGCAGAAAGGCCUGAACCCGGCCGACGACUUCUACCACGGAACCAGAGCCGCCGUGUCGGGAGGAACCACCACCAUCAUGGACCAUGUGCUGGUGGAGCCCGGGACUAGUUUACUGUCAGCGUUUGAGCAGUGGAGGGAGACGGCAGAGCAGAGGGCGUGCUGCGACUUCUCUCUGCACCUGGACAUCACUCGCUGGCAUGAAGGACUGUACGAGGAGCUGGAGACCCUUAUCAAAGACAAAGGUGUGAACUCCUUCCUGCUCUUCAUGGCCUACAAAGACAAAUACCAGAGCUCCGACUCUCAGCUCUACGAGGCAUUCGGGGUCCUCCGGGAUCUUGGAGCCAUCGCACAGGUCCAUGCUGAGAAUGGUGACAUCAUUGAUGAGGAAGAGAAGAAGCUUCUCUGUCUUGGCAUCACUGGACCUGAAGGACACGUUUUAGCUCACCCUGAGGAGGUGGAGACAGAGGCGGUGUAUCGGGCCAUCACAAUCGCCAAACAGGCCAACUGUCCGCUGUACGUUACCAAGGUGAUGAGCAAAUCUGCUGCUGAUGUCAUCGCCAAAGCCAGGAAGAAAGGUAUGGUGGUGUAUGGAGAGCCAAUCACAGCCAGCCUGGCCACUGAUGGAUCUCACUAUUGGUCCAAGGACUGGGCCACAGCUGCUGCCUUGGUCAUGAGCCCUCCUCUUAACCCUGACCCUUCAACUCCACAGUACCUGACCUCCCUGUUAGCAUGUGGAGACCUCCAGGUGACGUCCAGCGCUCACGCCAGCUUCUCCACAGCUCAGAAAGCUGUCGGUAAAGACGACUUCACUCUGAUCCCAGAGGGAACCAACGGCAUCGAGGAGAGGAUGUCUGUGGUGUGGGACAGAGCGGUGUCCACGGGGAAGAUGGAUGAGAACGAGUUUGUCGCAGUAACGAGCACCAACGCUGCAAAACUCUUCAACAUUUACCCGCGCAAAGGACGGAUCGCUGUAGGUUCAGAUGCUGAUAUCGUCGUCUGGAAUCCAAAGGAGACCCGAACUGUUUCUGCAAAGACUCACAACCUGACGGUGGAGGUCAACAUACUGGAGGGUUUAGAGUUUCGAGGUGUGGCGUCGGUGGUGAUCAGCAGCGGUCGAGUCAUUCUGGAGGAUGGAAAACUCAGCGUGACUGAAGGUUCAGGACGCUUCGUCCCCCGGAAGGCUUUCCCCGACGCCGUCUACAAGAGGAUCAGAGCCCGCAGCAAGAUGGCUGAGGCUCGCGGCGUCCCCCGUGGAAACUACGAUGGUCCCGUCCAUGAUGUCAUCAGUAUGACUAAAUCGGUCCCACCCACUCCAACCACCAGGGGGCCCCCCUGUCCAAAAUCCCAGAUUGCCCCCCGAAACCUCCACCAAUCAGGAUUCACCCUGGCAGGAGCUCAGGUUGAUGACCACAUACCUCGCCGCUCGACUCAGAGGAUUGUGGCUCCACCUGGUGGACGAUCCAACAUUACAUCCUUAUCUUAAAGAAGAAGAAUCAAACGGUCACUUUGAGUUUGUCCAACAGAAAACUCAAGUGUCACAUAUACUAAAAGAUACAAACCCUACUACAACCUUACAACUAGUACUACACCCUAUAACAAUAGUACUUUAUCUCCAGCUGAACCCCAGUACAAAUUUACACAUCUUACAAUGAUAAUACUGUACCUAGUACUUAACUGAAGUACUGCAAGUAGUACUAAACCCUACCUAAACAACAAAGCUAACAUUAAAGCCUACUACAACACUACAAAUUAUAUAACAGUAGUACUGUAACUAGUACUAAACCCUACAACUAACUCGUAUGAAAUCCUAGCAAACUAGUGCUACAACCAAUAACAGUAUACCAAAACCUGCUGCAACCCUGCAGCUAGUAUUAAACACUACAACUUCUACUAAUUAGUUUGAAAACGGUAACAAUAACCAACAGUACUCAAUCCUAGUACUUAACCCUACAACUCAACAACAAGUUAUAAACCUUAUGAGUACUAAAUCUCGCUAUAUUUUGUACUUUUACUAUCAAAUCCUACAACAACCAUCCAAGUAGUACUACAUUCUUCAGUAAAGGUACUUUAGCUGGUGCUAAACCCUGCUGGUAGUACAACUCUACAGAUACUAUUAGACCCUGCUAACCCUGCCCUACUAAACAAAGGUACUACAACAAGUACUAAACCCUGAAGACACUAAGCAACACGUAUUAAAUCCCCUGCAACAAUUUUACUUCAACUAGUACUAAAUCUAAACUACUAUUUAUCCAUAUUGUAGUAGUACUUCAACAGGUACCGAACCCUAGAACAACAGUACAGCUAGUACUAAAGUACAAAAACUUAACCAUACAAUUUAACAACUCGUCAUAAACCCAAUCAGCACUAAAUCCUAAAAUAAUAGUAAUCCAACUUGGACAAUACCCUACAACAAUGGUACACACUACAAAUACUACUAACGCUACAACAGUGGUACACACUACAAAUACUUCUAACCCUACAACAAUGGUACACCCUGCUACAAAAGCACUACAAUAUUAAAUUUUACUACUUAGUCUUACUAAGAGUAGUACCCUAAAAUUAGUACUUAAUUUUAGAAUAAUGAUAUUAUUAUUAAUGGUAUCAAUAUUCUAACUACUUCUAACUCAUACACCUACUGUAGUUCAAGUGGAGUAGCACUGAAUGUUACAACAAUGGUUCUACAACCCUACAAAUACUACUAAACCCUAUAAACCCCCUCAACUGCUAGUAAAUCCUACACAUACUUCAACUGCUAGUAAAUCCUACACCUACUUCAACUGCAGUAGUACAACAACCCAACCACUAGUACUAAAUCCUACUACAUUGGUACUUAACUAGUACUGAAUAUUAUUGGUAUGGCUCUUGGAAGUCAUUUGAAGUACUCUAAUCUUAACUCAUGUGUACUCAACAUUUCAUCUACUCGUCACUUCCUCAUGCUCUCUUUGCCUCUCAGUACUCUCUGAUAAAGGCAGUCGUAGUAUUAGUAUUAGUAGAAUAAGUCCAGAACAUACUUCCUGACACGUUCACACCUGAAGACAAACUGUUUACCACCAGUACACCUUUCACACGGUAAGCUGCUGUGGCUGGAUGUUCCCAGAUGUUCCCAGAGGACAACCUAACCCAUCAAAACCCUUCGUCCAUUCCUUCCAGAAACAUAUUCCUCUCAGUGUAAAUGAAAUUCAUAUUGUCUUAACUUUGCUCAACAUUAACAUUUAGUCUUCAUCUAGUUUAAGGUCUCAGGAUAAUCCAGGUCUACGUCGCUCUGAGAUCUUCCAUAGGUCUGAACCACUUCAGUUUAAAUCUGCUUCACUAUGAGACCAUUAGAAUCAUGUGAAUCCAUAAUGUGCUGGUAGAAAUGACACGUUCAGUCCUCAUGAUGUUUCUAUUGUUGUGAUUUAGUCUGAACUGAGCCAGACUGCAGAGUUUGUUAUUAAUCCAGUUAUUUGUAGUUAUUGAUGAAGUAAAGAUACAUUUAAAAGUUUUCUCAGAAACCAGAUUUAAACUUUCAGACUGACACUAUUAGACUUUUUGUGAACUAUCAACUGUAAUAAUGGUGCUAAUAUAUCCAGUGGUAGCCUGCAAGUAGCAAACCCUGCAAUACCAUGACCCCUACAGGAUGCAGACAAACUGACUGCCCCCCACACAAAUAUCUAAAACAAACACAACUAAACAAUACAACAACACCCUGCUCUGACCAUGGAUGUAUUAAAAGACCUGGAACACGAGCCAAAAAGGGUCUUUAGCUUAGAGCUUCUGUGUAGUGUGGCCCUCUGCACAUGCUCAUUAGGGUUUCUCCUGCUGGUCCCGCCCACGCAAAUUGCUAAACUGAAAGUGAAGGUAGAUUUAGCUCCAUGACCUCGGCCCCAACAGAUUCAAACAACAAGGAGGGCACGAUCUGUAGAGUAAGAUGGCGCAGUGGAUAAGACACAUGCCUGGGUUCAAUUCCCCACUGUGACCCUGAGCAAGACACCCCUCGUUGCUCCAGAGGCGUGCGACCUCUGACAUAUAAAACAGCUGUAAGUCGCUUUGGAUAAAAGCGUCAGCUAAAUGUCAAAUGUAACCCUUGUAGUUUCAAGCAGUGACCGGAGGAUCACCAAUAAUCCAUGUGCUCAGUCACUGCGCCUGCUUUACCAAUAGAUGCUCUCGGUUUACAAAUCCCCGCGCUCAGUUUAGUGGAACUUUGCGUUGCAGUUCCACGAGUGUCCACAGGAGAAACUAACAGCGAGCCUGAGUGAUUGUGCCGUACCACAUCCGUAAAAACAUCCGAGGUCUUACCCUGCUGUAGGAGGGUCAGCAUCCACCAUGACCUCUGACCCUGACUGUAAAAGGACUAAAACAAAGGGUUUUCAGCUUGUGAUGUCACAGCUGCAGACCGCCUCCCCUUCCAGCUCUGUGACCUCUGAAGGGAUUUUUAACUGUAUUUGAUUUGUAAAGGCUUCAUUUGAUACCAUGAUCAUUUUGUAUUUUUUACAGUUUUUGUAUCCUGGCAGAGUUAGCGUCAGUGAUCGUAGUCCUCCCACACAGCUCAGCCCUGCGCAGUCCACGGCAGCCAUGUUGGUGCUGCAGGUCUGAAGAAAUGUUCAGACGUCAUAAAAGAAGACGGAGACGUUCUGUGACCAGUGGGAUAUUUUGAUUUUGAUACCACUAUCAGGUCAAUACAGUAAAUCUGAAGCUACAGCCAGCAGCUGGUUAGCUUAGCUUAGCAUAUAGACUGAAACCAGCCGACUCCUUAUUAAUCCCUGCAGAACAGACUGAGCUCCAACAUGGCGGCUGGUUCCUGCAGGCUGACCUGCUCCUGUAGACGUCCUCAGAGGUGCACCGGAGCCAACAUGGAGCUCUUUCUAUACGCAGUGAUCCUGUGUGUAUCUGAAGAGGGGAUCCUGUGGUGACGGUGCAUCUGCUGUUGUUGUUGUUGUUGUUGUUUCUGUGGUGAAUGUGAAACUACUUCCUGCUGCAUGAAUAAAGUGUGAA